GGGCCUGAAGAAUUUUCUUUUUCUCCUGUGCGUCCACCUAAACUUUCUCCUUGGAUAAUUAUCAUCGCAGUGGAGUGCCUGGGGUGGACAUCCUCAUCUGGGUCAACUAAAAACAGAAAGCAUGCAAGACGACAGCAUAGAAGCUUCUACUUCCAUAUCUCAGCUUCUAAGAGAGAGCUAUUUAGCUGAAACCAGGCACCGGGGAAACAAUGAGAGGAGCCGAGCAGAACCUUCCUCCAGCCCUUUCCAUUUUGGCAAUACUGCUGGAGAUGCUGAAGGAGGAGGAGGCCAAGACGACCUUCCAGAUCUUUCUGCCUUUCUGAGCCAAGAAGAAUUAGAUGAAAGUGUCAAUCUGGCAAGAUUGGCCAUCAAUCAUGACCCUUCAGAGAAAGCAGAUGAAUCUCAAGGUCGGAAACGUCUUUCUUCUGAUCAGAUGAAACACUUACCUAAAUCAAAUUUUGACCCUAACUUCUGCCAGGAUAUCUCUCAAAGUCAAACCACCUCUAAAGAGAGCCCCCAGGAAGCAAAAAGGCCACAGUAUAGUUCUGAAACUCAGUCCAAAAAAGUUUUCUUAAACAAGGCUGCUGAUUUCAUUGAAGAGCUCUCCUCACUUUUCAAAGCUCACAGUUCCAAAAGGAUUAGACCCCGAGCCUGCAAAAACCACAAGGGCAAAUUGGAUUCUCAAAACAAAGCCAUGCAGGAAAACAGCUCCAGUUUCUCAGAUCUGUCUGAAAGAAGAGAAAGGUCUGUCCCCAUCCCCAUCCCUGCAGAUACCAGGGAUAAUGAAGUGAAUCAUGCCCUUGAACAAGAGGCCAAGAGACUGGAAGCUGCCAAUGAGGCAACUGGUGGAGACAUUACCCCAGGGUCUUCACCUUCAUCUUUGUACUAUGAAGAACCUCUGGGGCAACCUCCUCGGUUCACUCAAAAGUUACGGAGCAGAGAAGUUCCAGAAGGCACCAGAGUACAGUUGGAUUGCAUAGUGGUAGGAAUUCCACCACCUCAAGUAAGGUGGUACUGUGAAGGCAAGGAGCUUGAGAAUUCCCCAGAUAUUCACAUCAUCCAAGCAGGAAGUCUGCACUCACUGACCAUUUCUGAAGCCUUUGAAGAAGACACGGGACGUUAUUCUUGCUUUGCUUCUAACAUUUAUGGGACAGAUUCAACAUCUGCUGAGAUUUAUAUAGAAGGGGUCUCAUCUUCUGACUCAGAGGGGGAUCCAAACAAAGAAGAGAUGAAUCGAAUCCAGAAGCCAAAUGAGCAGUCGGCCCUUCCCACUACCUCUGCAGCCAUCCCUCCAGCGGCACCACCAGCCCAGACUUUGGUGGCCCAGCCCAGUGUGUCCACCAUCCAGCAGCCGGGUCAGAGCCCUACCAACUAUUUGCAAGGAUUGGAUGGAAAACCCAUCAUCGCAGCACCUGUGUUUACAAAGAUGCUGCAGAACCUAUCCGCCUCCGAGGGCCAGCUGGUGGUCUUCGAGUGCAGAGUGAAAGGAGCCCCAUCUCCUAAGGUUGAGUGGUACAGAGAAGGGACCUUGAUAGAAGAUUCUCCAGACUUUCGAAUUUUACAGAAAAAACCUCGGUCCAUGGCAGAGCCAGAGGAGAUCUGUACUUUGGUCAUUGCUGAGGUAUUCUCAGAGGAUUCUGGGUGCUUCACCUGCACAGCAAGCAACAAAUAUGGCACCGUGUCAAGCAUUGCACAACUGCAUGUGAGAGGAAAUGAAGACCUGAGCAAUAAUGAGACUCUUCACUCAGCCAAUUCUACCAGCAACCUGACCGUCAUCGGGCAACAGCCAUCCCUACCCAACCUGGAGCCACCUUCUAUGGAACAACCCCCCAGACCCAAACUCGAAGGGGUUCUGGUGAACCACAACGAGCCCCGGUCCAGCUCAAGGAUUGGUCUCCGGGUGCACUUUAAUCUGCCCGAAGAUGACAAAGGAAGCAAAGCAUCUUCUGCGGGUGGAACACCUGCUGCCAACCAGAACAGGCCCAAUUCUUUCCAAGAGAGGUUCAAUGGACAGGCAGCAAAACCCUCGGAGCCUUCUUCACCCAUCAAAGAGCCGCCUCCAGUCCUGGCUAAACCCAAACUCGACUCCACUCAAUUACAGCAGCUUCACAAUCAAGUCUUACUGGAACAGCAGCAAGUGCACAGCCCAACCACGUCAUCGCCUAAGGAGUUUCCUUUCAGCACAACGCUUUCGAACUUGACUGCUCCCCCGGCCGUGACCGUGUCCAGCAAGCAAGGGAAGGUCCCACCCUCACAGACAUUCAGCCUGGCCCGGCCCAAGCACUUCUUCCCCUCCACGACUGCCACCCUGGCGAGCGCGUCCCCCUCCAGCUCUCCGCCCGUGUUCACGCAGAGCAUCACUGCACAAGGUGCCCAGAGGACAGCCAGCAAAGAGAGCCUCUUGGUUUCUCACCCCUGCAUGCAAACCAAAUCCCCGGGAGCGAUGGCCACCCAAAGCGAAGCACCCCUGCCAGGUCCAGUAGAGCCGGCGCAGACGCCACUCAUAUUUUCCAUCUCCAGCGGAAACCAGUUUCAGCCCCACUGUGUGUCCCCAACGCCUGUCUCUCCCACCAACCGCAUCCAGAACCCAGUGGCUUUCCUCAGCUCCGUGCUGCCUUCUCUUCCUGCCAUCCCACCCACCAAUGCCAUGGGGCUGCCCAGAAGCGCUCCGUCCAUGCCACCUCGGGGACUCGUGAAGAAAAAUGCAAAGUCUCCUCAACCAGUUAACAACGAUUACAUUCGUGAAACGAAGAAUGCAGUGAUUCUAGACUUGGGGAAGAAGAUGAAUUUCAGUGAUACCAGAUCAAACCAACAGGAGUACAAAAUUUCAAGUUUUGAGCAGAGGCUGAUGAAUGAAAUAGAGUUUCGUUUGGAACGUACCCCCGUUGAUGAAUCAGAUGAUGAAAUCCAACAUGAUGAGAUCCCCACAGGCAAGUGCAUUGCCCCCAUCUUUGACAAGAGACUCAAGCACUUCCGGGUCACAGAAGGAUCGCCAGUCACAUUCACCUGCAAAAUUGUUGGGAUACCUGUUCCAAAGGUUUACUGGUUCAAAGAUGGAAAGCAGAUUUCUAAGAGGAAUGAGCAUUGCAAAAUGAGGCGAGACGGAGAUGGGAUGUGUUCUCUGCACAUUGAGUCUACCACCAGUGACGACGAUGGCAACUACACCAUCAUGGCUGCCAACCCCCAGGGGAGAAUCAGCUGUUCAGGCCACUUAAUGGUACAGAGUCUGCCCAUUCGUAGUCGCCUAAGCACUGCUGGUCAGUCUCACAGGGGGAGGUCCCGAGUGCCAGAAAGAGACAAAGAGCCCCUGCAGGAGCGCUUUUUCCGACCGCAUUUCCUGCAGGCUCCUGGAGACAUGGUGGCUCAUGAGGGCCGCCUCUGUCGGCUGGACUGCAAGGUGAGUGGCUUGCCACCCCCGGAGCUGACGUGGCUGCUCAAUGGCCAACCUGUGCUGCCGGACACAUCCCACAAGAUGCUCGUCAGAGAGACAGGAGUCCACUCGCUCCUCAUUGACCCGCUCACUCAGCGGGAUGAAGGGACCUACACUUGUGUUGCUACCAACAAAACCGGCCAGAAUUCCUUUAGUCUGGAACUCACCGUAGUAGCCAAAGAGGUGAAGAGGGCGCCCGUGAUCCUGGAGAAGCUGCAGAACAGCGGGGUCCCCGAGGGCCACCCGGUGCGGCUGGAGUGCCGCGUGAUCGGCAUGCCUCCGCCCGUGUUCUACUGGAAGAAGGACAACGAGACCAUCCCGGCCGCCCGCGACAGGAUCAGUAUGCACCAGGACACAACCGGCUAUGUCUGCCUCCUCAUCCAGCCAGCCAAGAAAUCAGACGCUGGAUGGUACACCUUGUCAGCCAAGAAUGAAGCUGGCAUUGUGUCAUGCACUGCUAGACUGGAUAUAUAUGCUCAGUGGCACCAGCAUAUCCCACCACCCAUAUCCAUCCGGCCCAGUGGCAGUCGCUACGGAUCUCUCACCAGUAAAGGACUUGACCUUUUUUCUGCCUUUUCCUCCAUGGAAAGCUCAAUGGUGUAUUCCUGUGCUUCUCGGAGUGUCGUGGAAAGUGAUGAACUUUAGGCAUCUCUGAGUGCCUGCUAUGUAAGGAGGCAGAUUGUGGAGGGGGAGGGAGGACACGCCAAGUCACCAAUGGUUUCCAAGCAACUGAAUUUGAGGAAGUGACCACACCGGUGGACCUGUGGCAAGGAGAGUUUCAAUCAUUUGAUUGGGGAUUCGUGUAGUCUCAGCUGAGGAAGAGAUGGGGGGCUGUGCCUUAUCCAGAUUCUAACAAACAUAUGGAAAGAGGAUGCAGAUGAACCAAAGAUGCCACACAGCUGUCAUCCACUGCUUUGGGGGAAAGCUGGCGUGCUCCCCUGCCCCCUUGUUGUGUUUGGGAUGCUUUGACCCAGCUAGAAGCAAUUAGCGGCCACAAGUCAGGGCUGACAGGAAUUAGAUAGUAGGUACCUUAGAAUAUCACCACCUCACCAGCAAGGCAAAGGGCAAUGCUGAGGGGGUAAGAUCACCCUUGGUUGACACAUCACAAGGGUAGGUUUGGUGAACUCAUUCAGUCAGCUUCCAGUUAGCAUAGGAAGUCGUGCCACACAACUCGUGUGUGUGGAGAAGUGCUUUUGAUUUGUGUCUCCUGGGUGUACUGAGUCCUAUCAGAAGGUGUCAAAAUGUGCUUGGGAUAUUAAAAAAAAAAAAAGAUCACUGAAACAUUCUCUAUAGCACAAUAUGCUGAUUCUGUAGCCAAAACAGAGCCCCCACCAGCCUGUCUGCCCCUACCGCUUCCUUUUGAAUACCGUGGAGACUGGUUUUUCUUCUUUCUGACUUAGUCUAUCCCUAAACUCUAGAAUUAAAAGGUUGUGGAUA